AUUCUAUUCUCUUUUGUCCUUCUAUUUUGCAUCCAUGUUUUCGUGAUCAAUUGCUUCCACCUCUCACCAAAUUAAACAGUGAAGGAUCCUUCUGAAUCAAUUUAGCAGAAGCAUGUCCAACAAUGGCAGCAACAACCCUUAUGUUCAAAUUUCCCCUCUUCCCACAUCCUCUGCACCCACCAACCGUCCAAAUCCAAUUUGUGAUGCAAUAAACCGCUGCAACAGGAAGGUUGAAGAAGCAACUAGACGAGUUGAGAUCAUGGCUGAUAAUUUCUGGAAUCAUAUCAGAAUUAGUUCUAGUCUUGCUGAUGCAGCAGUCGCUAGAAUUGUUCAAGGAACAAAGGUGCUUACACAAGGAGGGCCUGAUAUAUUAUUUCAACAAUCAUUUGGGAUUUUCCCAGGAGAGAAACUCAUGAAGUCAUUUGCUUGCUACUUAUCAACAGCCUCUGGACCUGUAAUUGGAACGCUUUAUGUGUCAACUAAAAGAAUAGCCUUUUGCAGCGACUAUCCACUGUGUCAUUAUCCAUAUUCCCUGCAGCAAAAUCAGAGCGUGCAUUAUAAGGUCAUAGUGCAUCUGGAUCAGUUAAGCACGGUUAGUCCUUCCUCAAAUAGAUUUAACCCUGCAGAAAAAUACAUCCAGGUUGUCACAGAGGAUGGCUAUGAAUUCUAUUUUAUGGGGUUUAUAGCAUAUGACAAGGCUCUCAAGACUAUAAGAGAGGCUUUGCAGCACUAUCACAACCAUUCCAGAGAAAGCAGUCAAGAAGCUUGAAAACUUUUUCUUCUAUGAACUACUAUACACACCCUUGAUUACAAUGUAUACCGUAUAUCUGCCAAAUUAUUUGGUUAACAAAUAGCUGAGAACUUGCGUUUACUAAGCUACUGUGAGUUAGAUUUUAGAUACAUGUACACGGAUUUCAGCAUAAGCUAAAUAAAGAUUAUAAUUGGUGCA